CAAAAUACACCAUGGCAACAGCCACCUUCUACGGUGGCUCCGACGCCUCCGGAACCAUGGGUGGGGCUUGUGGAUACGGAAAUCUAUACAGCCAAGGGUACGGAGUUAACACGGCGGCACUGAGCACAGCGCUGUUUAACAAUGGCCUCAGCUGCGGAGCCUGCUUUGAGCUCAAGUGUGCAGACGACCCCAGCUGGUGCCACUCUGGAAGUCCAUCUAUUUUCAUCACCGCCACUAACUUUUGCCCUCCCAAUUUUGCCCAACCAAGCGACAAUGGCGGAUGGUGCAACCCUCCUAGGCCCCACUUCGACCUCGCCAUGCCCAUGUUCCUCAAGAUUGCCGAGUACAGAGCUGGGAUCGUCCCUGUUUCCUACCGUAGGUUAGUAAAGCUCACGUCUCUGUUUUUUAUGCUCUGUUUUUGUUCUCUGUUUUCCUUGCUCUAUUUUUAG